AUGAUCGCCCAACAACCGCCGAAGAGGAGCCAUGGUAUCUCACUUUAUAAAUGCACAAGAACCCUGCUCUACGAAUCUACUAGUACCAGCUACGCCGUCGAGGAACUCAGCAUGCCCGAAAUAGCUGGAAAAGAAGUCGGUCCCAUUGGUCUCGGUCUUAUGGGAUUAACCUGGCGAGCGACACCACCAUCCCAGGAGCAGGCAUUUGAUGCCAUGCAUACGGCAAUUCAAAAAGGAUGUACCUGUUGGAACGGCGGUGAAAACUACGGUGCACUCGAAUACAACAGUCUGGUCCUAGUGGAGCAAUAUCUGGAGGAAUACCCCGAAGAUGCCGACAAAAUAGUUCUGAACAUCAAGGGCGGCGUGAAUCCCGACACUCACCAGAUAGAUGCUUCGGCGGAGAACACGCGCCGCAGUCUAGAUAGCUGCAUAGCGCAGCUGAAAGGUCACAAGAAGAUUGAUAUGUUUGAAUUUGCUCGUCGAGACCCGACUGUGCCUAUGCAGGAGACGUUUGCUCUUAUCGAGAAAGAGUAUGUUCAGACGGGCAAGAUCGAGGGUAUUGCCUUGUCGGAGGUGCGGGCUGAGACUAUCCAUGAAGCUGUCCAGUAUACCAAGGUUCUUGCGGUGGAGGCUGAGCUUUCUUUGUAUGUAUGGGAUUUGUUGCGGAAGCAAUGGAGGGUUAAUGCUGACUGGAAUAGAUUCACUACUGAUAUCCUGGAAAACGGCGUCGCAGCGGCGUGCGCCCAGUACGGGAUCCCGAUUAUUGCCUACUCGCCGAUCGGCAGAGGCAUGUUGACUGGUCAGUUCAAGAAGUUCGAUGAUCUUCCGCAAGAUUCGCUGUUGCGCUCUUUCGACUUUCCGCGAUUUCAGCGGGAGAACUUCGAGAAAAACGUGCAGCUGGUAGAGAAAGUGGAAGAUAUCGCUCAGAGGAAGGGUUGUACCCCAGCGCAGCUGGCUAUCAACUGGACGAGAGCACUCUCUAGGCGCCCGGGGGUACCAACCAUUAUUCCUAUCCCAGGUGCCACAACUGCGGAACGGGUGGAGGAGAACAGUAAGCAGAUCGAGAUCACGGAUGAAGAGAUGCAGGAGAUUGAUGAUAUAUUGGCUAAAUUCACCCCAGCUGGCGAACGAUACCCCGGGGCCAUUCCGGUCAAUACCUAA